AAAAGCACAAAAAUAUAAUUUUUGAAAGGAAAGCAUAAAACAAAUUGAAGCCAAAGGGACAGUAAAUGAAACUACGGAUACAUGUCAAAUGAGUAUGAAUGUGGACGCGUUGACCAGCUGACCAUUGCCUCUACUAUCAAUCAAAACGAUUUGUUGAAUCCAAAGAAUCUUCCCGUAAUACUGUUUUAAUAAAAACUUCGGCGCCCGCAUUAAGCCCCGGCCCAAUCGUUAAACCCAAACCACCAAUUUUCCUCGCCGGCGCCGGCGGUGUACAAACUCAUCUUCUGAAUCUAAAACAUCUUCGUUGCAUUCAAACAAUUUGCGUUGUUCGCUUCGAAGUUCGGUUAUGAAAUUAAGGUAAAGGCGGUAGAAAAUGGAGAGAGUGUUUAGUAAGCUUCGGAAUUUGGACGCUUAUCCUAAAAUCAAUGAAGAUUUCUAUAACCGUACGCUUUCCGGUGGUAUUAUUACCCUUGUCGCCUCCGUUAUUAUGCUCGUUCUCUUCAUCAACGAGCUCGGAUUAUAUAUCCACAGUCAUACUGAAACACAGCUCGUAGUAGAUACUUCAAGAGGAGGAAAAUUACAUAUACAUUUUGAUAUCACUUUUCCAGCUGUUCCAUGUUCGCUGCUCAGUCUUGAUGCCAGGGAUAUUAGCGGAGAAGAACAUUUUGACAUACGACAUGAUAUAUUCAAAAAGAGGAUUGACUCCCAUGGUGCUGUUAUUGAAGUCAGACAAGAUGGAAUUGGUGCUCCUAAGAUUGAGCGGCCUUUACAGAGACAUGGUGGCCGACUUGAGCAUAAUGAAACAUACUGCGGAUCAUGCUUUGGUGCAGAAACGGCAGAUGAUCAAUGUUGUAAUUCAUGUGAAGAAGUUCGUGAAGCAUAUCGAAAGAGAGGUUGGGGGAUGACAAAUCCAGAUUUGAUAGAUCAGUGUAAAAGGGAAGGUUUUGUCCAAAAGAUCAAGGAUGAAGAAGGUGAAGGAUGUAAUAUCCAUGGAUCUCUAGAGGUCAAUAAAGUGGCUGGAAAUUUUCACUUUGCCGCAGGCAAAAGCUUUCACCAGUCAACCUUUCAACUCUUCGAAUUGGUUACCUUACAACCGGAUAAUUAUAAUAUUAGUCACAGGGUAAAUAAGUUAGCUUUUGGCGACUCUAUUCCUGGAGUUGUAAAUCCACUUGAUGGGGUUCAAUGGACGCAGGAAGCACAAAGUGGAAUGUAUCAGUACUUUCUCAAAGUGGUCCCUACAAUAUAUAAAGGUGUUAGAGGCCGUACCAUUGAUUCAAAUCAGUUCUCAGUGACCGAACAUUUCAAGAGUUCAGAGAUGGGGCUUUUCCAAACAAUUACUGGAGUUUACUUCUUUUAUGAUCUCUCUCCAAUCAAGGUGACUUUUGCAGAGGAGCAUGUGUCGUUCUUCCAUUUUCUCACUAAUGUUUGUGCAAUUAUUGGAGGUGUCUUCACAGUUGCUGGAAUAGUAGACGCAUGUAUUUACCACAGUCAAAGGGCCAUAAAGAAGAAAGUGGAUCUGGGGAAGUUCGGUUAAUGGCACUACUGCAAGCUAGUGCUUCAUCAUCCUCGACACAGUAGCUACUGCAUAGUAGUGGAUGCUUGUUCAUCUCUCUCCAUCCUUGGUCCUUCUGAUGGAUUCUUGUGGUUGUUUAUUAAUGUAUUAGCCUUCCAACAAAAGGAAGACAUAUGCAUCAGGUUUCAUAGAGUAAAUUACAUUCAGAAGGGCAAACUCCACUACCGCAGAAUAUGACUAACUUGUGUAAUUCCUGCUUCUAUUCAUUCUCAUUUUGCUUCA